GAGUGGGUUGGGGGGCAAAACGCCACCCCCUCCCGCAGCCCCUCAGGGAAACACAGGGCUAGACGUGACCUCCCUCGGAAGGCUGGGGACGGCCGUGAGCCUUGCCCUCUGGUCGUUUAUCAUGAUACUUUUAUUUGAGGCUUUUGGUCUAAAACUAUGUGUGGAAUGAUGAAAAGGAAGUACAAUGUAGCUAAAGACGUCUUUAGGAGGUUGGCAGGCUCCAGCAGACAAAAUUGUGAUUGCAAAACAGCUUUAACUUGGCUUAAAUUUAUUCUUACCAGAACAGAAGGAAGGGUGUCAGCAGAAGGUCACCCUGAUAGGGACCCUUCAUUUUGCUGCCCCACUGCUUCCCAGCUGGUGCCUUUCCCCGCUGAACCCUCCAAGGAAACCGGGAGGACAGAGGCGUCCGUGCCCGGGAGCGGAUGUACCAGAAAGGGGAGCCCAUAAGUAGCGAGCACUUUCAUAGAGCUGUCAAUGUGAAUGAUGAAGAUUUGCUGGUUCAAAUACUUCAAGGAGGCAACGUGAAGGUGGAUGUUCCCAAUAAGCUUGGCUUUACCGCUCUGAUGGUCGCUGCACAGAGAGGGCACACCAGGCUUGUGAAAAUCCUCGUUUCUAACGGCACAGACGUGAAUCUGAGGAAUGGAAGUGGCAAGGACAGUACUGAGAGUCUCAUGCUUGCGUGCUACGCGGGGCACCUCGAUGUGGUGAAGUAUCUCCGAAGACAUGGCGCUUCCUGGGACACCAGAGACCUUGGUGGCUGCACAGCCCUGCACUGGGCUGUGGACGGGGGCCACUGCGGUGUGAUUGAGUGGAUGAUCCAGGACGGCUGUGAGGCGGUUGACCCGAUGCUUUGGGAGAUGGUGAGACGGAUCUGGGAGCAAAGUGGGGACACUGCCACCUUCUUCUUGAAUCUAAGGAUCUACACUGGACUGACUUGCUUGAAUGGGGAGCCAUUUCUACAUUUAAUGAGCCACGUGACCUCCGGGGAGACAUCACGUCCUCUGAGAUUUGGCUUCAUCAUCUGUAAACCAGGAAUAAAAAACACCUACCGGUGUUUAACCUUUAGGACCAAAAGAGGAAACGUGGACGUGGUGGAUGCCGGCUCAGGGUGGACCCCGCUCAUGAGGGUCUCCGCGGUCUCGGGGAACCAGAAGGUCGCCUCUCUGCUGAUCGAUGCAGGAGCAGACGUGAACGUGAAAGAUAAAGACGGAAAGACACCUCUAAUGGUGGCCGUGCUAAACAAUCAUGAAGAGCUAGUCCAGUUACUUCUCGACAGAGGGGCAGAUGCAAGUGUUAAAAAUGAGUUCGGCAAAGGUGUCCUAGAAAUGGCCAGAGUUUUUGACAGACAGAAUGUCAUCUUCUUAUUAGAAGAAAGGAAAAAAAAGCAAAUGCCGAAGAAGUCAUCUGUUUGCUGACCUGGGGGCCUCUUAUCUCUGAAAGCCAAGUGAAGCAAAGCAGAACGGGACUUGAACUAGAGAGAGGGCGAUACAUUUGAUUAUUUAUUUAGCUGAAGAUGCACAGUGACUUUUGUGACAUACACGUGUCCCCACUUUGAAAUACAUCUCUUUACCUAAG